AUGCCCACCACUCCCUCCCCACCUCCUGAACCGGCGCAGCGCCCCCUCCUUAUUCUCGGCGCCGGCGUCAUUGGACUCACCACCGCGGUGCGCCUUCUCGAAUCUCCUUCCUCUCAGGGGCGCAAAGUGCACAUCAUAGCCGACCACCACCCCUCUGACGCGCUCGAUGCGCGGUACGCCUCAAGCAUUGCCGGCGCACAUCAUUUGAGCUUCGCGGACGAUGCCGACAAAAGGCAGCGACGGUGGGAUCUACGCACCUUCCGCGUCAUGUACGAGGAGUGGCGGAAAGACGGCGAGGCGAGCGGCCUCAUGGGUCUCAAGCAGACGGAGAUGUGGGUCGGAAGCAGCAAGCACUUGCAGAUCUACGAGGAGCAUCCGGACUUCAAAGUCUUGGAAGCGCGGGACGCACCGUGCAAAGCUGACCACAUGGUGUCGUUCACCUCUUUGACCAUCACUCCGGCGCUUUACCUUGCGCGGCUGGAAGCACGAGUCCGCGCUCUCGGUGGGAUCAUCCACCGCGCUCACGUUGGCAGCCUGCACGACCUCGCGACACUCCCCUUCCUCUCGCUGUACGCGGUGCUCCCCGCGGCCGUGUUUGUUUGUGUUGGUCUUGGUGCGCGCUCCUUGCUCGGUAUUGCGGACCAGUCUGUCUACCCAACGCGAGGGCAGGUUGUACGCGUCCGCGCGCCUUGGGUCCGCUCAGGAUAUACGCGACAGGUGGGCUCGUUGGCGGGCGGCGAAGGCGGAGCGAGGACGUACGUAAUCCCACGCUGCACGGGUGACGUGAUCCUCGGUGGGACGCGUGAGGAGCGCGACUGGGACCCGUAUCCUCGCCCCGAGACGGCCAAGGACAUCCUGUGUCGCGCUCUCGAUAUCUGCCCCGUACUGGAACCGCCACACUCCCGCGCGCCCGCGCUGGAGCAGGGCGAGCAGACGCUGGAGGCGGCGUGGGCGGCCGAACUGGGGCGGAAGGACCAGAAGGUGAAGGCUCUUGAGGAGACUGUGGUGGAGCACCUGGUCGGUUUCCGUCCCAGUAGGGUGGGAGGGACGCGGCUGGAGCGCGCGGAGGUGAGGUUGGCGGGCGAGAUCGUGGCCCUCAUCCACAACUACGGGCAUGGGGGCGCGGGGUGGCAGAGCUCGUGGGGGUGCGCGGAGGAUGCUGUGGCUAUCUGGGAGGGGAAGAAUCUACCCAAAUUAUAG